AUGUAUCGCCACAACCCCGUGCGUAUGUGGCAACAACAGGUUAAGUGUGGCUGCCAGGUUAAGUGUGGCUGUCGGUUUAAAAAGUGUGGCUGUCAGUUUAAGAGUGUGGCUGUCAGUUUAAGUGUGGCUGUCAGUUUAAGAGUGUGGCUGUCAGUUCAAGUGUGGCUGUCAGUUCAAGAGUGUGGUCAGUUUAAGUGUGGCUGUCAGUUUAAGAGUGUGGCUAGUGUGGCUGUCGCUUUCAGAGUGUGGCUGUCGCUUUCAGAGUGUGGCUGUCGGUUUAAGAGUGUGGCUGAGGUGCGUGGUUGGCUGUACUCCGUGUGUGUGGAGAACGGUAUCGACGCGAGGAACAUUGAUGGCUUCGCGGAUUGUACUGGAGCCCAGCUGUUGGCCAUGUCACAAGACCAAUUUACUGAUCUUAACACACUACACGGCAAACUGUUCUACCAAGCCCUUAUGAACUUCAGACGGGAAGCUCCCAAUCUUCCUUCCUCUUCCUACCAAGGGCAUUAUGAGCAGCAACUGUACCACCACUCACAAACAGCAGCACAUGGUAGCCUCCAUACAGAACCAACUGGUCAGACCUACUACAACCUGCAGCCCCGCCACGCUUCUUCAUCUGGCCAGCACCUCGACUCAUGGCGUCCUUGUUACCCAAACACUACCGACUACUCAUACUCUUCCCACCCCAAUACCACACCCAACAACACUUACCACCCCUCUACUGCACCCAACAACACUUACCACCCCUCUACUACACCCAACAACACUUACCACCCCUCUACGGCACCCAACAACACUUACCACCCCUCUACUGCACCCAACAACACUUACCACCCCUCUACUGCACCCAACAACACUUACCAUCCCUCUGCUACACCCAACGACACUUAUCACCCCUCUACUACACCCAGCAACACUUAUCACCCCUCUACUACACCCAACAACACUUGGCAACCUCUUAAUACACUCACUAUAAAGACAGAGUUUCUAGAUAGGAGUAAUCCGAACAGUUAUGAGGAAGCCAGCACGUCUGCAGAGUUUAGUCCGUCUGCAAGCGCAUGUCAACCCUCGCCUUCGUACGUAAACGAGGAACAAGUGCUUGGUGAAGCUCCCAAGAGAGGAAGGAAAGAGCGAGGACCCAAAUUAUGGGAGUUUUUACUGGCGCUGCUCGAUGACCCAGCUAGUAACCCGUCCAUCAUCCGCUGGGAGAACCAGGCACAACACAUCUUCAGGCUCAUCAACCCUCAGGAAGUUGCGCUCAGGUGGGGCCAACGUCGACCAAAACACAACACUCUGCCCUAUGAUUACUUCGCCCGGGCACUCAGAUACCACUACAAGACGGGCAUGUUGGUCUCAGUUCCCGAGAGAAAACUUGUGUACAGGUUUGGAGACAAAGUGUUCGAGCGGAGUCAUUCAGCUGACACGGAGACUUUUCAUGAUGACUACUAAUGGCUCUUGGUGGCUCCUGAUGGAUCUAGGUGGCUCCUGCUGGUUACUUGUGGCUACUGGUGGCUACUGGUGGCUCUUGAUGGCUACUGGUGGCUGCUGGUGGCUCCUCAUGGCUACUGGUGGCUCCUCAUGGCUACUGGUGGCUCUUCAUGGCUACUGGUGGCUCCCGAUGGCUACUGGAGGCUCCUGGUGGCUGCUGGUGGCUCCUCAUGGCUACUGGUGGCUCCUCAUGACUACUGCAGGCUCCUGAUAUCUAUUGGUGGCUCCCGAUGGCUACUGGUGGCUCCCGAUGGCUACUGAUGGCUACUGGUGGCUCUUUAUGGCUACUGGUGUCUCCUGGUCGGUUCUGAUGUCUACUGGUGGCUCCUGAUGUCUCCUGAUGGCUACUGGUGGCUCUUGAUGGCUACUGGUGUCUCCUGGUCGGUUCUGAUGUCUACUGGUGGCUCUUGAUGUCUCCUGAAGGCUCCUGAUGGCUACUGGUGGCUCUUGAUGGCUACUGGAGGCUACUGUAGAAGAAAAUUAACGUUUGCAAACAAUAAGUGUAUCUCUGUAGCUUUACAGAUCUCAUACAACCAUGGGAUAUCUGAUAGACCCUACCGACUGUCACCUUGACUCGCACUGCCCCCUCCAAGCCACUGCCCCCCCCUCCC